GAUGGACCCCUCUGUGCCCCACGAGAGGAGAACCCCCGUCACCCCCGGCUCCUCCUCUCGCUACCACCGCCGCCGCUCCUCUGGCUCCCGGGACGAACGCUACAGAUCAGGUAGGACAACGACACCUUUCAACUUCACACAAAGAAACUCCAAACAGUAUUUUUAUCAACUUCCUCUUACCGCCAAGAGUUGCUGAAUUUCCUCUUCACUUCAGUUUGCAUCUUGGUUGGAAAGCGAGGUAGUGGCAGUUAAUUUCCCUCAACCCAAACAGUAGCACAAUCCUCAAAAUCAUGUUAUACAGUUUGUAGUUCUAGUCAGUUACUAUAGGACAGUAUAGGAACACUAAUGGAGCACUGCAUUUUUACCACUAAAUAAAAUGUCCAGGUUUGCGGUAACAUAAUUAGCAAAAGCUUUGUUUUUGUUAAUCUCACUCUUAAUACUAAUAGCAUAAAAACAAGCUCAACACCUUUUUAUUUACCCCUUAAUGCUGUUUAAUGUUUAUCACUCUUAUUUAUUGUAUACCAAUGAACCACUUAUGCUAUUACCAGCUCAACAGCUUGCUUCAUUAGUAGUCACCUCCCCCUCCCCCUCUCUCUCGCAGACAAAUGGCUCUGCUUCAACACAGCAGCCACAGAUUCUGGCACCGCGCUCCAGCCUCGUCUUAGAAACACAUUGUCUGUGUCUCAAAUGGCACCCUAAUCCUUAUAUAGUGCACUACUAUUGACCAGAGCUCUGCUACACAUUAUGUAGACAAUAGGAUGCCAUGUGGAACACACAUUUACAGGACUAGCUUUGCAACAGUCCUAGCUGUAGUCCAGUUGGCAACCACGGCUACAGUCUGUAGUAACAACAACUGCCAAGCACAGAUAGAAAACCUGAAUUUGAUUUACUGGUGUGACACAAUACCUAUUGUAACAUGCCAGUACUAUAGUCUAUAAAAGCUGAAUCAUGGGUUGUGUUGUGUUUUACCAGUGCUUAGCCUUACAUUUGACAUUUUAGUCAUUUAGCAGACACUCUUAUCCAGAGCGACUUACAGUUAGUGAGUGCAUACAUUUUCAUACAGGCCCCCCGUGGGAAACGAACCCACAACCCUGGUGUUGCAAACGACAUGCUCUACCAACUGAACUACACAGGACCUUACCGUACACACUGCUAUUGAUGCUCUUAAUUUUUUCAUCUGUAAUAGCCUAUUAUAGGGCUGAACACAAUGAUCUCACAUUAAGCCCCAGUUGUCUGAGGACAUUAUUGGGACAUUAUUCAGACCCAGCCAUAGAGGGAGCAGCCAAUAGACACAGAGGUCCCUAAAAUACAGCCCUAUAAAAACAGGAUUAAUGUUGAAUUAAAGAAUACCUGACAACCACCAAGGCUUUGCAUGCAUCCCAAAUGGCACCCUAUUACCUAUAUAGUGCACUCGUUGUGACUUUUGACCAGAGCCCUAUGUGCUCAAAGUAGUGCACUAUAAAGGGAAUAGGGUGCCAUUUGGGAUGCAAAUAUAGCCUGUUCUCAAUGGCCAUUACGAAACAGAGCCACUAAAGCAUCAUGACAUAAAGGGCGUAGGUUACUGGCAAUUGUUUUUCCUCACUAAAACCAAGCUCGCUCUUUGGUAAGAUUAGUUGACAUAGUGUGAGAUGUUGUCUUGCUUUUUGUGAGCAGCCAACAGAGGUGGAGUCCCCAGUGUAGAAGAGAAACUACCACUUUAAGAGGAGCAGCAGUGAACAAUUUAGCUUUUUACUGUACAUACACUGUGGAUCUUCUGAAGUCGUUUUUCAUCAAUGUUCAGAGUGAUGGUUACAUCCCAAUCUUCCAUGCUUUUUAAAAAGAGUGGCUACAGGCAUGUAAUUGUUGUUCUUAGAUGAUAUGUUGUUAGAUUAUUUUUAGCCAGUUUCCCGGACACAGAACGGUUUCCCGGUCUAGUGCUAGACUAAAAGUCAUUUUCAAUGGAGAUUGUCUAUUGAAAGUGUUAAUUAGUCCAAGACUAGGCUUAAUCUGUGUCUGGGAAACUGGCCCAUAGUGUUCAGUAAAAUAUAGCAUGUGCAUUACACAAAUUUCACUGAAGUUGGAUACAAAUUAAAUACACUGCUCCAAAAAAUAAAGGGAACACUAAAAUAACACAUCCUAGAUCUGAGUGAAUGAAAUAAUCUUAUUAAAUACUUUUUUCUUUACAUAGUUGAAUGUGCUGACAACAAAAUCACACAAAAAUUAUCAAUGGAAAUCAAAUGUAUCAACCCAUGGAGGUCUGGAUUUGGAGUCACCCUCAAAAUUAAAGUGGAAAACCACACUACAGGCUGAUCCAACUUUGAUGUAAUGUCCUUAAAACAAGUCAAAAUGAGGCUCAGUAGUGUGUGUGGCCUCCACGUGCCUGUAUGACCUCCCUACAACGCCUGGGCAUGCUCCUGAUGAGGUGGCGGAUGGUCUCCUGAGGGAUCUCCUCCCAGACCUGGACUAAAGCAUCCGCCAACUCCUGGACAGUCUGUGGUGCAGCGUGGCGUUGGUGGAUGGAGCGAGACAUGAUGUCCCAGAUGUGCUCAAUUGGAUUCAGGUCUGGGGAACGGGCGGGCCAGUCCAUAGCAUCAAUGCCUUCCUCUUGCAGGAACUGCUGACACACUCCAGCCACAUGAGGUCUAGCAUUGUCUUGCAUUAGGAGGAACCCAGGGCCAACCGCACCAGCAUAUGGUCUCACAAGGGGUCUGAGGAUCUCAUCUCGGUACCUAAUGGCAGUCAGGCUACCUCUGGCAAGCACAUGGAGGGCUGUGCGGCCCCCCCAAAGAAAUGCCACCCCACACCAUGACUGACCCACCGCCAAACCGGUCAUGCUGGAGGAUGUUGCAGGCAGCAGAACGUUCUCCACGGCGUUUCCAGACUCAGUGUGAACCUGCUUUCAUCUAUGAAGAGCACAGGGCGCCAGUGGCGAAUUUGCCAAUCUUGGUGUUCUCUGGCAAAUGCCAAACGUCCUGCACGGUGUUGGGCUGUAAGCACAACCCCCACCUGUGGAUGUCGGGCCCUCAUACCACCCUCAUGGAGUCUGUUUCUGACCGUUUGAGCAGACACAUGCACAUUUGUGGCCUGCUGGAGGUCAUUUUGCAGGGCUCUGGCAGUGUUCCUCCUGCUCCUCCUUGCACAAAGGCGGAGGUAGCAGUCCUGCUGCUGGGUUGUUGCCCUCCUACGGCCUCCUCCACAUCUCCUGAUGUACUGGCCUGUCUCCUGGUAGCGCCUCCAUGCUUUGGACACUAAGCUGACAGACACAGCAAACCUUCUUCCCACAGCUCGCAUUGAUGUGCCAUCCUGGAUGAGCUGCACUACCUGAGCCACUUGUGUGGGUUGUAGACUCCGUCUCAUGCUACCACUACAGUGAAAGCACUGCCAGCAUUCAAAAGUGACCAAAACAUCAGCCAGGAAGCAUAGGAACUGAGAAGUGGUCUGUGGUCACCAACUGCAAAACCAGUCCUUUAUUGGGGGUGUCUUGCUAAUUGCCUAUAAUUUCCACCUGUUGUCUAUUCCAUUUGCACAACAGCAUGUGAAAUGUAUUGUCAAUCAGUGUUGCUUCCUAAGUGGACAGUUUGAUUUCACAGAAGUGUGAUUGACUUGGAGUUACAUUGUGUUGUUUAAGUGUUCCCUUUAUUUUUUUGAGCAGUGUAGUUACGUUUCACUUGCGUGUUCCCAGAAUAAAGAUGAAAUCUGUGAGUUUGUGGCCUUACAACAUGUCUGUCCUACCCUGUGUGUGUUGCAGAUGUCCACACAGAGGCUGUGCAGGCAGCUCUGGCCAAACAGAAGGAGCGUGGUAAGAUGGCAGUACCCAUGCCCUCCAAACGCCGCUCCCUGGUCGUGCAGUCCUCCAUGGAUGCCUACACUCCCCCAGGUGAGGAACAUAUAGGACACCAAGGUAAUGUCAUAGCUGCCUGGGACUACUUCACUGUGUGUGUGUGUGUGUGUGUGUGUGUGUGUGUGUGUGUGUGUGCGCACGCUUGAAUAUGGGUGUAGGGUUGAAUGGCGGGAACCCGGUUACUGGGAUUUACCGCCCAAAAUCCACUCCCCUUUCCCGGGAUAAAUAACUAUGAGAAACGGGUAAAUUACAAUAAAUGAUAUGAACAGCAAGGCGUGAAAGGAAACUUUUAAAAUGUAUGCAUUGUCUAAAUCUGGCUUCUCUACGGCCUUUGCUCAGGGUGGUGACAGACAGCCCAUCUCAGUAUGGAGCGCAGUUCACAAUGCAUGUAGACCUAUCAUCUCAUCAUGGUAACUUUUUGUCUUGUGACAGGUAGGCCUGCAUUUGCUGCCGCAUAUUCUAUGCUACAGAAAUAUAAAGAUCGAAUGCACAUCUAAUUUACCCAUCUCCAUCUGGCUUUUGGGGGUCACCUUGUUUUUUAAUUGUAAAGAUUUUGUUUUUAUUGCAGCUCCCGAGUUUUAAAACAGCCUAUCACUCGAAUAUCGUUGCGUUAAAUCAGUGAACGGGCGAGCACUUUGUCUUUCUCUCUCUCUCUCCAUCAACUCCAUUCAAAUUUCAUCCAAAAUAGAUAAUAAUCCUGUUCUAGAUUGAUACUGUAUACUAUAUAUAGAUGUCCUAGCCUACCUCUUUCAGGUAAUGAAUUAAAUGCAGUAUUAGCCUUAUAUUUAGCUAAUUAAUGAUGUGUUAUGCUUAAUAAGCUUCUAACUUAAAGCCUCUAUCUCUUGUGCAAUACGCCAGCACGUGUGCGCCGCUGGCCUCUCCUUAAAAAACGCUCCUUAGCUCUUGGAGUCCCAUGCAGGAAAAGCUAGAAUAGAAUAGCUUGUUGGACAUACAUUUUUUGUUGCAUUUCUUAUACCAAUGGUAUUUUACCAAAUAGGGCUAUCUUCUGUAUACCCCCCCUACCUUGUCACAACAAAACUGAUUGGCUCAAAUGCAUUAAGAAGGAAAGAAAUUAACUUUUAAGAUGGCACACCUGUUAAUUGAAAUGAAUUCCAUGUGACUACCUCAUGAAGCUGGUUGAGAGAAUGCCAAGAGUGUGCAAAGCUGUCAUUAAGGCAAAGGGUGGCUAUAUGAAGAAUCUCAAAUAUAAAAUAUAUAUUGAUUUGUUUAACACUUGAAUCACAUGUUCUCUUCUGCUUUAUCAUCAUAAUACAUUAUAAUACAAAACAGUACAGUAAUACAGUUCACACUCAACAAAAUUAGUUUAGUUUAUUUACCCAAGAGAGCAUAUAGCUAGCUAUGUCUAUGGGCUUUUAUGUUUUUCUGUCGUGCGUAAUGUGCAUUAGCCUAUAUCAUAUGUAUUGGAUAAUGUCACAAUCAUUUGGACUUUAUUGGGCUUGGGCUCAUUACAUGUCUUUAAUGUACAUCUUUAAACUGAAUUUUCAUGCUGAUCAAAGCUAUAAUCAAAUCCAGACAUAUUUAUAUGCUUCAUAAUGCUUUUACAUUUACGUCAUUUAGCAGACGCUCUUAUCCAGAGCGACUUACAAAUUGGUGCAUUCAACUUAUGAUAGCCAGUGGGACAACCACUUUAUUAUUUUUUGAUUGGGGGGGGGGGGGGGGUAGAAGGAUUACUUUAUACUAUUCCAGGUAUUCCUUAAAGAGGUAGGGUUUCAAGUGUCUCCGGAAGGUGGUCAGUGACUCCGCUGUCCUGGCGUCGUGGGGGAGCUUGUUCCACCAUUGGGGUGCCAGAGAAGCAAAUAGCUUUGACUGGGCUGAGCAGGAACUGUGCUUCCGUAGAGGUAGGGGAGCUAGCAGGCCAGAGGUGGAUGAACGUAGUGCCCUCGUUUGGGUGUAGGGUCUGAUCAGAACUUGAAGGUAAGGAGGUGCCGUUCCCCUCACAGCUCCGUAGGCAAGCACCAUGGUCUUGUAGUAGAUGCGAGCCUCAACUGGAAGCCAGUGGAGUGUGCGGAGGAGCGGGGUGACAUGAGAGGGUGGCUUUUGAAUGAGACUUCCGGUUUUGGGUGGGAAAUACCGGGAAAAGUGAUUUAUUCUCGGGAUGGAACAUUUGUAAAAACCGGGAAAAUAUUCAACCUUAGUGUAGGGUGACAUUGCCCCUGGAGGCUGAUCUUGGAUCAGUUUAGCAUUUCCCCCACUAAUGGUUAAGGUUAGGGUUGGGGAGGGAAAGCUGACUCCGGAGGCGUGAAAAUGCCACCAGCCUGUCCCUGCCCCUCCUCCCCCCUCACUAACUCACUGAUGCAGUGUCUCACCCAUGUGUGUGUACAUGUCAUGUCUGUCAGUCAAUUCAAUCAGCCUGGGUUGGCAAUGCAUCCAUUGAUCACAAAUAUAUGUUGUUGAUAUUAUCAGAAGUUCCAUUCCACAGUGUAAAAAACCCCAUCUACAUUAUUUCUUGAUUGGUUGUAAUUACAACCGAAUGAGUCAGUUUGAAAGAAUGAUUGGCGUUAAAGUAUGAUUAUGUUGUCAAUUGAUGGUGUGAAUAUAAAUAGUUUUUGGGGAUAGUAUCCAUUAGAAACAGUACAAUAUGGCUACAACACAGCAAUUUAAAUAUUCAGUAUCCUAGUAUUUUACCACUAGAGUUGAUGGCGCUCAAGAGACCGUUAUAGAUAAAACGUCCCCAGUCUGUCAAUGACAGGAGCAGAUGAUUUGAAGGGCAGAAAGAAGCCAGUAAUUGACAUGGUGUCAUAGAUGACCGUGGGAGCAGUUAAGUCGCUCUGAAGCUGUUACUCAUGCUAGCUAAAAACAGCCGAUUGAUGAGCAGCCAUUUUGACCUUCUUCUAUAGGAUAGUUCUGAUUGCCAUCCAUUUCAGUCACCUCUCUCAGACCCUUGGGUAACAUAAGAGAGUUGAACCACAGACUUAGGCGCAUCUCAAAUGGCACCCUAUUCUCUAUAGUGCACAACUUUUGACGAGGGCCCAUAAGACUAAAGUAGUGCGCUAUAUAGAGAAUGGGGUGCUAUUUGGGAUUCUUAUGCUCCAUCACUAUUAUGCUCAGCUUAUAGAAGGAGUAGAAUGGUUAAUAAUACUAGCUAGCUGAAAGGUAGAGGUCAUUUCUCCCUUUGCAAUAUCCCACUAACCAACAUCUGUGCUGUCUGUGCGCUACAUCACUAACAACAACAACGUGUUGAUCACUUGUCAUGUACUGCACUGUAGAGCUGUAAGAAUGGAACAGCUAGAAUAUAACAUGGCAUGCCCCCACCCAGCCAGAGGUUUGUGGAGUAGACAUUUUGAGUGAGUGAGUGAGUGAGUGAGUGAGAGAGAGAUGUUUUAAGAAACCAUUAUCUCAUUUGCGUUAGGGCUGAAGGCUGGGACCGAGGCUUCUACAGGGAUUAAUUUGCUGAACACACACACCAUGCAGGAAAUCACGACAGGCACAUUUUCAGAUGAUUCCAAAUGAGCAGGCAGGCACAGUUCUUAUAUGGCAGUGCGAACAGCCCCUUGAGGGAGAACGAACAGUGACAAAGCACUCACGCCGUGUUCGUGCCUGGGAGGCUGGGGCAUUCAGGGACAAGAGAGCCACUCACACACAUCGUAUCAAGCAAGGCAAGCAGCCUUAUUCCAUUGGAGCACACUAUCCCUCCCCAGCAUGCCAAUGACAAUUAGAAUAUGGACUCCUUGUCUUCUAGUCUGUCUUUCUAAUUCAUUAGUAUCAUGAUUAGUAUGACGCUUUUUUGUACAUGUCUGUGUCCCAAGAUGGGUCCCUAUUCCCUAUAUAGUGCACUUCUUUUAACCAGCUCAUCUCUGGGUAAAAGUAGUGCACUACAUAGGGAAUAGGGUACCAUUUGUGUCUGUCUCAGGGCGCCAUCUCCUGUGUGUAUACAUCACAUUACAAUGUUAUUGGCUGUGACUGUUACUGAGGGACAAACAAAAAGGAAAGCAAAUGCCUCUAUUCCUACAUCAGAGUGUGUGUGUGUACAGUAGCACACCAACCUUAUCUCAGCAGCCUCAGAACUCAAAGCCUAAUCAAUUUAAUUAACAUUAAAUUAGCACAGGACCUGCUACAAAGAGGUUUAAGAUUUCGUCUAUCAUCGGAAUCAAAUACUGACGUCCAAUACUGGAUUAGGAUUAGUUCGGAAUGGUCACUAAUCCAGCAACAUGGAUUGGUUUUCCCAAAUAGGAUGCCAUAUCGGGUAUAUGCACUCACACACGCAUGUGCACACUCCCAUGUCCUUAUACUGAGGUCCUCUGUUGAUGUCUGGCUUCUUAGAAUCAUUACAUGUGUUCAGGACCCCUAGAGGGCUUAGUCUUCAGGGGCUCAUCAGAGACUUACUGUGUGUGUGUGUGUACGCUCGUGUGCACAUCUGGGUGUGUGUGUGUGUGUGUAAUAUGAUUAGGCGGUUGCCUGGCAGCAGUGUAUUUUUGCCGUCGACAAGUGGUGCUGGCCCACUCUGCACGCAGCCUCUGAGAGGCUUUCCUGCCUUUCAUUGCAAUCUAGCACUGCUUGAGCUGCUGAGACUGUCACUCACAGAGACUGAAGAGGCCCAGACUAAAACAGUAAAAACUGGAGAUGGCAUUCAGAAAUGGUGGCACUGUCGACAACGGUAGCCGAUAGGUUAGUUCUGCACAUGUUGUUAUCCACAUGCCAUAUUGGUCCACUGUAAAACAAUGCACUUGAAGGAUUCUCAUUUCACCAACGAGGAACAGCCACAACAAAGCAUCACUAAGAGCUGAGACCUGGAGGGCCAGUUGCAGCAGUUCCUUUUUAAGCGCAGCAUGGCGGUGCGGCAGCUCUGAUUGGUCCCCAGAGUGUUCAGCCCUUUCUGCCACACGACACGGCUGGUCUCUUAUUUGUCCCAGUGCCAACAACGCAGGAGAGCCCAGGUGUGAACGGACUGACAGCUAUCUCUGACACCUCCCUGACAACACCACCAGCCAGCCAAUCAAAGAGUGCUGUACUACACACUGCUGGCCAAUCAAAUGUCAGGCUGUAUCCCGGCCAAUGGUGGGGCUGGACUGUGUUUGUGCGGGUAGGGUGGGCAGAAGGAGAGGGGAGGGAGAGAGGAUGGAACCGUAGUGACCUGAAGGGUGUUGGAGCCGGUUUACACUGGAGGAGACCUCCCUUAGCCCAGCAAAGGUUACUGUCUCUCCCACUGCUGUCACUGGCAAAGACCGUGUGCCAGCCCCUCAGUAUCAGAGAGAGGCUCACAUAGACAUACUGAGGACUAGACUAGAUAACACAUCUUUUUUUCUCUAACAUUUACUGGCCAAAAAUACAUUUAUAUUUUAUGUUCACACAUAAAACCUAUUAAGUUAAUGUAGGUGCUUUAUGUUUUUUGCUGAUUCUAUUUUCCCAGAAUUUAUCACAUUCAAUGUUUAUAUUCAACAUUUUGUCCAUGCAGAUUUGACAUUUACUAGAAAAGGUCAACCGGUUCGAGGCUGCUGUAUUGUAGUCUUACUUAAGUAGAUGAGGUGCUAGGUACACACACACACACACACACACACACACACACACACUGAGAGAGAGCCAGGCCCAUCCCUGUUGUUGAUCUCUCUCAGUAGGUCACUCUGCAGUGCACCUGGAUCUUAAAUGGCUCGUCAUGAUCCAGCUUCUCUCCCUCUGUUUGUUCCGCUCAUCUCUCCCCUGGCCCCGGCCCAUGGCAGACAGCCCUGUCCUGUCACAGUAUGCAAAAUGCAUGCAAAAUAAAGUACACAAAACCCACUCCCUCAUCCCCAGACUCAGCCACUAUGACUGGCUAGGGUUGAAAAACAUCCCUGAGUGGAGAGUAGUGAUAUUAGCGCUUAGUAGGAUUGACAGUGUUUGGCUGAGAAUAUGUCUGUUGCAGUGGAUUUGGGUGCAUGGCAGUGAGUCAGCCUAAUGAUGUGAGGUGCUGGGGGCUGUGAGGGCUAUAGGGGAAGGGCUCUUCCUGACUAACUCUGAUGCAGUGGAAGGAAGCCUGUCUCCCCCUCAGUGUCAGGAUCAGGUGUCUGUCAACUCUGAUUUGCAUGCGUUCUGUGGAGUGCACCUGUAGCCUAUAGGUAGGGAGGAAGGUGUAGCCUCUACCAGGCUUUCACCUCACCUUCGGUAUGAAAGCCUGUGGAAGUUCUUGUCAGAAAUAGGCUUAAAGAAGAUGGAGGGUAUCCAAGCCAUUUGCCCCUCCCAACAAUUGGAAUAGGCAGAUUCAAACAGAGGCGGAGAUUGGAAAACCGAAAGCCAAUCAUUUUCAAUGGUGCCCAUGUGGGGUAGUGUCAUUACAACCAAAUUAUAUAUAAAAAACGUAAUGAAAACAAUUUGAGAGAAUUCAAUUUUCCCAAAUAUAGCAUGCUAGCAAUGCUAGCACCGUAAAGUAGCUUACUCUGGAUAAUUCUGAAGAGGGAUGGAAGGGGUGUUUUUUUUAAAAAUAGCUUCUACUCACAGCCCAUCAGCCAGCACCCAUACCCCGUCCCCAAGCUCUGGAGAACGUGAGAGAGGCCUGGAAGCUGAUGCUAGUGGAUGGGUUAUGCUAUGGGAGAAAGGACAUCUCCUUAGGGCAUAGACCGAGUUUUGUCUUUAUUUGUUGUGCAAAUGUCUGACAUUGACAAUGACAUGCAGGUGUGUGUGUGUGUGCAUAUGUAUGUUCAUGUUUGUUCAUGUGUGUUUCUACCUGCUGUCGUAGACCCCCUCUCUCUAAUUCCCCUCUCCCUCUCUGCUCUUCUCCCCCCUCUCUCCAGACACGUCAUCGGGCUCAGAAGGCGAGGGCUCCAUGCAUGGUGAAGGCACACCAACCUCCAGCCAGGGCAGCAUCAACAUGGAGAACUGGAUCAGCCGGGCCAUCCACGGCUCCACCACCUCCUCCACAACCUCCUCCUCCUCCACUCAGAGUGGAGGGAGCGGGGCGGCCAGCCGGCUAGCAGAUGUCAUGGGUCAGACGCACCUCGGUAAGUCAGGUAAACAAACCCACCCUUCAACAAUAACCAACGUACCUACUUAUAUCUUACUUGCUUGGCUUGCGAAAGUAUUUACCCCCCUUGACAUUUUUCCUAUUUUGUUGCCUUACAACCUGGAAUUAAAAUGGAUUUUUUGGGGGUUUGUAUCAUUUGAUUUACACAACAUGCCUACCACUUUGAAGAUGCAAAAUAUAUAUAUUUGUGAAACAAACAAGAAAUAAGACAAUAAAACAGAAAACUUGAGUGUGCAUAACUAUUCACCCCCCCAAAGUCAAUACUUUGUAGAGCCACCUUUUACAGCAAUUACAGCUGCAAGUCUCUUGGGGUAUGUCUCUAUAAGCUUGGCACAUCUAGCCUCUGGUAUUUUUGCCCAUUCUUCAAGGCAACACUGCUCCAGCUCCUUCAAGUUGGAUGGGUUCCGCUGGUGUACAGCAAUCUUUAAGUCAUACCACAGAUUCUGAAUUGGAUUGAGGUCUGGGCUUUGACUAGGCCAUUCCAAGACAUUUAAAUGUUUCCCCUUAAACCACUCAGGUGUUGCUUUAGCAGUAUGCUUAGGGUCAUUGUCCUGCUGGAAGGUGAACCUCUGUCCCAGUCUCAAAUCUCUGGAAGACUGAAACAGGUUUCCCUCAAGAAUUUCCCUGUAUUUAGCGCCAUCCAUCAUUCCUUCAAUUCUGACCAGUUUCCCAGUCCCUGCCGAUGAAAAACAUCCCCACAGCAUGAUUGUGUUCUCGGGGUGAUGAGAGGUGUUGGGUUUGCGCCAGACAUAGCAUUUUCCUUGAUGGCCAAAAAGCUUAGUCUCAUCUGACCAGAGUACCUUCUUCCAUAUGUUUGGGGAGUCUCCCACAUGCCUUUUGGCGAACACCAAACAUGUUUGAUUAUUUCUUUCUUUAAGCAAUGGCUUUUUUCUGGCCACUCUUUUUAAGAUUUAAAGUGGUCCUAUGGACAGAUCCUUCAGGGUUAUCUUUGGUCUCUUUGUUGCCUCUGAUUAAUGCUCUCCUUGCCUGGUCUGUGAGUUUUGGUGGGCGGCCCUCUCUUGGCAGGUUUGUUGUGGUGCCAUAUUCUUUCCACUUUUUUAUAAUGGAUUUAAUGGUGCUCCGUGGGAUGUUCAAAGUUUCUGAUAUUUUUUUAUAACCCUGAUCUGUACUUCUCCACAACUUUGUCCCUGACCUGUUUGGAGAGCUCCUUGGUCUUCAUGGUGCCGCUUGCCAUGUGGUGCCCCUUGCUAUGUGGUGUUGCAGACUCUGGGGACUUUCAGAACAGGUGUAUAUAUACUGAGAUCAUGUGACACUUAGAUUGCACACAGGUGGACUUUAUUUAACUAAUUAUGUGACUUCUGAAGGUUAUUGGUUGCACCAAAUCUUAUUUAGGGGCUUCAUAGCAAAGGGGGUGAAUACAUAUGCACGCAACAGUUAUUUUUUUCAUUUCACUUCACCAAUUAGGACUAUUUUUGUAUGUCCAUUACAUGAAAUCCAAAUAAAAAUCCAUUUCAAUUACAGAUUGUAAUGCAACAAAAUAGGAAAAACGCCAAGGGGGAUGAAUACUUUUGCAAGGCACUGUACCUCUGUGUGUUUUGAUUUACCUACCUCUCUUGUUAGACUUUCUAACUCCAUACCACCAGGGUGUGUGUGUGUGUGUGUGUUUGCUGCUGCUGUCACCCCUCACCCAUCCUGUACCUCCCUUUAAUGUUCCAACCCCUAAGGCAUGCAGCCCAAACAAAACACUAGCCUGCACUUUCAGUGUUACUUUCUAUUACUUGCAUGCAACCCUCAACCCCCUGACAAAGAUUUCCUUCUAGACCCUAGACUUAAAGUUAAUCCCCUAGGGUAGUUGUAUAAUAAUUGAUGUUGUAGCCUAUUUACUUGAUGUCGUAACUCAUUUACGCCCUAUGUAGAUAAACUCUAUAAACAAAUAUAUUAUAAUAAAAAGACAGACUGGAGGGCUAUCACCAUGAAUUACCACUGUUGUCUGUGUAAACUGUUCCAGUGGCUAGUCUAUUUUCAUGCUGCUUACACAGUUUGAAUGCCACCAGAGACAAAGCACAGACAGACAGGCCCCCCGCCAGGUGGACAGAGCUAGUAGACAGUUCUAGGAGACAGACCAUCAUAGCUGUUUGGCCCUAUUAUGAUCUAGAAAUGGCAAACUGUGGGAGCUCCCUGUAGACACUAAAGCUCUAUACACUUUAGAGAGGCAUAUCUUUUGACCAGAGCUUGUUGUAGAUCCAUUCAUACCAACAAGGUAGCUCAGUUGAUAGAGCAUGGCGUUUGCAACGCCAGGGUUGUGGGUUCGAUUCCCACGGGGGGCCAGUAUAAAAAAAUAAAAAAAUAUGUAUUCACUAACUGUAAGUCGCUCUGGAUAAGAGCGUCUGCUAAAUGACUAAAAUGUAAAUGUAACAAGCACAUGAGUAACUUUCUUACUAGUCCUUGGUGUUCAGAGGUGUUUCCAUGACAAUCAGCUUAUACACAUAGCUGUUUUGUUGUCGCAACAUAGCAUGAUGUGUGUGUGUCACAGACUGACUGGCUGUAGUGUAUUCUAGUCCUGCACUCUCUCGGCUAGGUGUGUUAUUGAAGAGGAGGAUAUCCUUUCCCGUGUGUGUGUGUGAAGGUUACGACUGUUUUCCUCUUCGCUCCCGUUUGAGGACAAAACAAACCAGCUCCCAAGUGUAUGUGUGCUGGCUUUUUAAAAGGCUGAAGGAAAACCAUUUUCCAUCUUCCGUUCAUCUCCCUCCCUUCCUCCUCCCUCCCAUCAGUGUGGUUCUGCCUGCCUGUGUAGAUAAGUUGCUUAUCCAUGGCUACGUCCCAAAUGGCACCCUAUUCCCUAUAUAGUUCACUACUUUUGACCAGAACCCUAUGGGCCCUGGUCAAAAGUAGUGCACUAUAAAUGGAAUAGGGGACCAUUUGGGACGCAUACCGUAUUUUCCCUCCCUCCAUAUCGCUGAUGCCUCUUUUGCUGAGAGACCCUGCAGAGAGGCCUUCCUCCAUCUGGGUACAGUAGUGACUUGGUUUGGCUCUGUGUGGUUGCCGUAGUCUGGAUUUAAGGUUCUGGUUUUCCCCUCCUCCUCCUCCUCACAUGCAGGGCCCAUUGCUCACCUCUCUCUGAAGAGGAAAACUAGGAAGGUUCCGGGCCCUCCGGUCCCAGUCACAGUAGAGAAUGGGAACUCAGGUCCAGGUCCUGUGGUGCGCCGGUCCUGUGAGUUUGGAUCAGGUGGAUCAGAGCUCGUCUGGCAACAGCCCCCCCUGGAGAAGCAGGGUCAGUAUCCUACUAUCCCAGACCACUGUGCGGUGGUGCAGUCAGCGCCCCCCUGCCUUCGCCUCCCUGCCCUGCCCUAGCCCCCUAUUUGCUUUGUGAUGAUCAAGUGUGGCGUUCAUUGGCAAAGUGGUAUGUCCCUUGCUCUUAUUACAGUUGUGUGAAAAGAUGAGAGAUAGAAGAAGAGAAGUGAUGCCAACCCAUGGAUAGCUUUGGCUAAUGAGUGCUGUGAUCGCAUGAAGCAGUGUGUUUAUGCUUUCAUGCUUGUGAAUGAGAGCCAAGAUGCUGAUGGAAAAUCCCCCCCAAAAUUACAGGAAAACGUUAAGGUCUGGAAAGUAGUAUAUUCACCAAAAAUGGCACCCUAUUUCCUAUAUAGUGUUCUACUUGUGAUCUGGGCCGGUAGGGUUCUGGUCAAAAGUGGUGCAUAUGUAGGGAAUAGGGUGCUAUUUGGGACACAACCAGUGUGUGUGGCCAAUUCUUUUUUUGCUUUCAUGGCUGUGAAAUAUUUGUUUUAAUGGUGAGAAAUAUAUGUAUUUGUUUGCUUGGCAAGAUAAGAGACGGAAUGUGUUCUAGAAUGCUUUUCAUCUUUGAAACAAAGCAGAUUGAUGGUUGCUUCAGUUACGUGGAGGUGGUGCUUGCUGCAAAAUGUGUUCUCUGUCUGCUCUUAGACACUUCUCUGCCCUCCCAAUCUUUCACAUUGAUACAGAAAUGAAUAUUGGGUAGGGUACACUUUACAUCUGAACUUUAGGCAGGUGCCACAUUGUUUUAAGUAGUCUGUUUAAAAUGCCCUGUGCAAGUUACUUUUUGGUGCCAAAACUCUGCUGGAUGCUUAAAGAAUCCACUGAACCAGCAUUGAAGAAUGCUUUGAUUGAACCCAUCUGUUAUCCCAUCAGUCACUAUUCUGCAGGGAGAGUGAAUUAGUGAAAUGAGUUGUUUCUCUGUUUAUAUCCAACGACUAGAGAAAAUAAAAGAAUCCCCCAGGUGGAAGUAGAUGAAUGUUCUGAAAUAAAAGGCUUGGUCCAGACUCUAAUCAACUAUUAGUUAACAUCUGAGAACACCACAGAAACCAUUAACACCAUUCUGGAAAGAUUCCCAUUCCUAAUGAAAUCAAGUUUUGCAGUUUAUUGUUGCGUUCCUGGAUAACUACAGUACAUUGUAUGAUGCAACUAUCCCUGCGUUGCUAGAUACAGUAUGGCAACGCGGCCUAUGUGACGACCCAUAGGGAUUCCAUUGCAGUACAGUGUGUCCCUCUGCCCCUGCCGAGGUGUAGUCUAGCUGUGGCUGGAUUCCCUAUAUCUCAUUAGUAUUCCUCUAGGUGUUGUGCUGUAAAGGAGAGAUUCAUCAAAUCAAAUCAAAUAUUAUUAGUCACAUGCUUCAUAGACAACAGGUGUAGACUAACAGUGAAAUGCUUACUUACGGGUCCUUUUCCAACAAGGCAGAAUGAAAGAUGAGGUAAAAAAUAAAAUGCAAAUACAAAUAGUGACAGUGAAUAACGAGUAAAAAUAACAUGGCUAUAUAUAGGGAGUAGAAAAUAACAUGGCUAUAUACAGGGUGUACCAGUACCGAGUCGAUGUGCAGGGUACGAGGUAAUUGAGGUAGCUAUAUACUCUUCCUCUGACAUCACCUGGUAUAGAGGACCUGGAUGGCAGGGAGCUCGGCCCCAGUGAUGUACUGGGCCAUACGCACUACCCUCUGUAGCGCCUUGCAUACGGAUGCCAAGCGGUUGCCAUACCAAGCGGUGAUGCAGCCAGUCAAGAUGCUCCCGAUGGUACAGCUGUAAAACUUUGUGAGGUUCUGAGGGCCCAUGCCAAAUCUUUUCAGCCUCCUGAGGGGGAAGAGGCGUUGUCGUGCCGUCUUCACGACUAUGUUGGUGUGUUUGGACCAUGAUAGAUCCUUAGUGAUGUGGACACCGAGGAACUUGAAGCUCUCGACCCGCUCCUCUACAGCCCCGUCGAUAUGAAUGGGGUUGUGCUUGGCGCUCCGUUUCCUGUAGUCCACAAUCAGCUCCUUUGUCUUACUGACGUUGAGGGGGAUCAGGCCCUCAUCGUUGUCAGGGAUCAGGCCUACCGCCGUCGUGUCGUCUGCAAACUUAAUGAUGAUGUUGGUGUCGUGCAGUCGUGGGUGAACAGGGAGUACAGGAGGGGACUAAGCAUGCACUCCUGAGGGGCCCUCGUGUUGAGGGUCAGCAAGGCUGAUGUGAUGAGCUUUGAGGCACUAUGGUGUUGAACGCUGAGCUGUAGUCAAUUAACUGCAUUCUCAUGUAGGUGUUCCUUUUGUGAUGGUAGGAAAGGACAGUGUGGAGUGCAAUAGAGAUUGCAUCAUCUGUGGAUCUGUUGGGGUGGUAUGGUGUUGAUGUGAGCCAUGACCAGCAUUUCAUGGCUACAGAUGUGAGUGCUACGGGGCGAUAGUCAUUUGGACAGGUUACCUUGGCGUUCUUGGGCACAUGGACUAUGGUCAUAUUGUCAUGAUCAUUCAAGGACUAUGACUGCAUGAUCUAGCAGGAUCAUUCAGUCAUGUCACAGAUCAUCUUUAUAGAUUCUGCUAAGGUCUGUUGAAGCCCCCUGGACUUGGUGUGAGUCCCAAAUGGCACAAAUUUUGGGACACAUACUUAGUCUCUCGCCAGCAUACAUUCUGGCCUGCUUAGUGGCCAGUGUUUAUGUACUCAGCCACAGGUAAACAUCUGUCUCUUUCGCUCUCUAUCUCUUUCGCUCUCUGUCUCUCUCGCUCUCUGUCUCUCUCGCUCUCUGUCUCUCUCGCUCUCUGUCUCUCUCGCUCUCUGUCUCUCUCGCUCUCUCUCGCUCUCGCUCUCUGUCUCUCUCGCUCUCUCUCGCUCUCUGUCUCUCUCGCUCUCUCUCGCUCUCUGUCGCUCUCGCUCUCUCUCGCUCUCUGUCGCUCUCUGUCGCUUUCGCUCUCUCUCGCUCUCUGUCUCUCUCGCUCUCUCUCGCUCUCUGUCGCUCUCUCUCACUCUCUGUCUCUCGCUCUCUGUCUCUCUCGCUCUCUGUCUCGCUCUCUGUCUCUUGCUCUCUGUCUCUCUCGCUCUCUGUCUCUCUGUGUCUCUCUUGCUCUCUCUGUCUCUCUUGCUCUCUCUCGCUCUGUCGCUCUGGCUAUGUCGCUCUCGCUCUGUCGCUGUCUCUCUCUCGCUCUGUCUUGCUCUCACACAGCUCUGAAGGCAUUAGGAAUAUGACUUUCUCGCACGUUAGCACCAUGUGUUGAAGUUAUUAAUAAUAAUAUAAUUAUUUAUUUGAUUAUUUAUUAGCCUUUUCGCCGGUUACAUAAGCAGCUACUGGCUUAUUCUAGGGAGUGGGGGAGGGAGGGAGAGAGAGAGAAGGAAAGAGGCUGAGAGAGCGACUAAGUGGGGGCGGCAGUGAUGUUGUCCUUGGUCUGACAUUGUCAAUGUGAGUCUUGUUUAAUCUAGUGGGGUCUGGAGCUCUCCACCUAUCCCAUGUAUCUAUUUAUCUAACCUCACACUGGUCUCAAAUGGCACCCUAUUCCCUAUUUUGUGCACUACUUUUGACCAGGGCGCAUAGGACUCUGGUCAAAAGUAGUGCACUAUAUAAGGAAUAGGGUGCCAUAUGGGACACAGACUAUAAAUAGUGGAAGGUGAGAUGAUCGUGUGAUUCUAUGUUCAUAAAUCUGUAGAUGCGAAAAUCAGUUUUGGGAAGCUCUUGUUCUAUAGGCCUAUAUAGGGAUAUUAAACGUUCAUGAUGAAUUGUCACUGAAAAGAAGAUUACCCAUAGCAGAUAGUAUGAUGGUCUGAACGAUAUUGCUCUGACUUCCAUCUGGUUACUGGCUCUUUAUAGAUAAGUGCUAUGUGUGCUAGCUAGUGUAUCCACUUUAGCUUAUGUAUGGUCCUUGACUGGGGAUGUAGUGUUUUGCAGUGGAAAGAGACUGAGUAAUAGGAAUGUAAAGGAAAGACAGUGAGGGACCUCAUUGAAAUUCCUUGUGGUUUCUCCUCCCAAAUGGUGUCUGGAAUUAUAUUACACGCACAUCCACCAGUCCAAAUCUAUCAGGGAGAGAAAGUAACGUCUGAUGCUUUUUUACAUUGUCCUGGCGGUAUGACGGAGAAAACAUGAAUUCACAACUACUUUACGACGGUUACAAGAUUAUUGUGUAACCAACGAUUAUGGAUUAAGACCGUCGUGAAAAUAAAAUAACCGUAAUUUUUUAAAUAUAAAUAAAAUACAGGUGGAACAAACAGCUGACUGUAAACGGGACGGUCGGGCAUUUGUGUGGUUGAGUCCGUUUCCACAGUAACAUGGAUUCUUUACAACGUGAUGAAGUUGCGGUCAUUUGGCUGACCAAUAACUGUCAUCCAAAAUUCCAUGACCGUCACAGCCCUAUUCACGGCAUGAUUAGACUUUCAAAAACAUCUGGCACUUGAAAGAAUCUGAAAAGCGAUACGAGUCGAGGAGUGGGAGAAAGUAGAAAUGUAGAUAUUUUUUCACAGUGAAGGUUAAUGUCACACGUGGGAAGUCUCAGAGGGAGAGGCGGAAGCGUUGCAUCAAUUAUGUAAUGUUGAAGCAUUUGGAGGAAUGAUGUUAUGGCCAGGGAAUGGAAGAGUGGGCGGUGAUGAUUACAAACAUAUUUCCAUGAAGUGCAUCAAAUAUCCUGCAACUCCAGUACUGGACUUAAAGGGGCAAUCUGGGAUUGCCCCUUUAAGACUGAAUAAUAUUUUUAGACUGAAGAAUAUAACUUUUAAGUGCCUUAAUGAUCAUGAGCUCAGUUACAUUUUCUUACCCCAUCGGAGCCCAAAAUAUAAACUUGUUUAACUUUCCCUCAGCUGUUUACAAAAAAGUGGUGGUGUGUGUCUGUUUUGUUGUUUGAAUCCCAGAUCGGUUGCAGGUAGCAUAAUGGUUAAGAGCGUUGGGCCAGUAACUGAAAGGUCGCUGGUUCGAAUCCCCGGGACAACUAGCUGAAAAAUCUGUCUGUGCACUUGAGCAAGGCACUUAACCCUAAUUGCUCCUUUAAAUCGCUCUGGAUUUUUUUUUUUAAGCGGAUCACCCUUUUAAUCACAAUCUGACUGAGUGACUAUCAGCUUGGUGACUCAUACAUGGACAACUUAAUUAGCAUUAGUUUAUUUGACGUGGUCCCACACAUUCAAUCUCACGCACACAUCACAUAGAAAUGUGUGCAGCAGAGAUGUAUGCGAAGCUAUAGGCCUAGUAUAGUCCACAAAUCAACAAGUCUAAGUCAAUAUAUUGUAUGUGAGUUACAAUGGCUGUGCCAUGUGGCAACGCUAUUUUCGGUAGCCAAGAUUUGGGAGUAGUUCUUACUUAGAUAAAGUUAAGAUUAUAUUAAAAUCGUUUUUGGGUCAUUGCAGAGGUACAUCCCUCUCGUGGAGUGGAUGGACUUUAAGGUGUUCGUUAUCUCAUCUUCAAACACCUCUAAUCUGUUUUCAAAGGAAAACUAACUAGAGGGGUCCUUGAAUGCAAAUGAGGUGACAUGAAACACUUUCGCUGCGAUAUCAAAACAGAUCAUAUUGAUAAGGGCUGAGGUCUAUGGAACUAUGGAAGUACCAAGAUAAACACAGCAGCAUUUCAAACAUUUCCUUCCUCAGGUCAACUUUUACUUGAAUUAACCAUAGUCUACGUCUGUCUAUUCUCCACCUGGGGACACCAGUUUGCAUGCGCCUCCUGACCUUACUAGACUAACCCUUGUGGCCCAUCGUCUGGCUGACUGUCUGUCUGUCUGUCUCUCGGUCUGUCUGUCUGUCUGUCUGUGUGCCCACGGACCCCUGCCCCCUGUCUCAUCCUGUCCUAGGUUGAGUGUGUCCCAAAUGGCACCCUAUUCCCUCUAUAGUGCACUACUUUUUACCUGGGCCAAUAGGUCUCUGGUAUGUAUGAGCGGUGGUCAAAAGUUGUGCACUAUAUAGGUGCCAUUUGAAACGCAGCCCUACUCUUCCCCCCCACCCCUCAAUGUUGUGCUGGCUUGGCUGUGGCAGCCUCUGGCCUGCUGUGGCCCUUGGUUAGCUAUAGGGCUGAGGGCUGGGGGGACUAACAGUAACAGGCUUCCUUCACCUUGCCUCUCCUCACGUCCAGAGAACCACUCUGCCCCUCCAGAUGUCACCAGCUACACCACAGACUCCAUACAGGUGGAGAGACCCCAGGGCUCCACCACAGCAUCCAGGGCCACGCCCAAGUACGGCAACGCAGAGCUCAUGGAGACCGGAGAUGGUGAGUACAUAGAGGAGUUGGGGUAUUGUGUGUGUGACCGUUUGUGUGUGAUCGUGAUCUUGUGUGUGUGUGACCAUGGUCAUGUGUGUGACCUAUAUUUGUUUUCAUGGCACAACAUAAUCUGAAACACAACCAAAAUAAAAGGCAAAUGCUUUCAACAAGUUUGUAGAUUCACAAGCUUGAUGUAGGGUAGUCAUUGCCUGCUAGGAAUAUGGGACCAAAUACUAAACUUUGUACAAAAUGUAAUACACUAAGUGAAUUUGUCCAAAUACUUAUAACACCUUCAAAUGCGGGGACUAAAUACAUAAAGUGCUUUCAUUUCUAAACGGUAAAACAGAUAUGUAUGAACACAUCCUCAAAUAAAAGGUGGCAUUCUGUACUAUAACCUCAUAUAAAACAAUAUGGAGCCAAAAAAUAAAACAAUAUGUUUAUCCUGCUUAGUCAUUUGGUUAUGCAUGACACGGUUUUGAAGUGUUUGUGUCAUGGUGUUAUGUCAUUAGGUUAUGGAUGACACUGUUUUGAAGUGUUUGUGUCAUGGUGUUAUGUCAUUUGGUUAUGGAUGACACUGUUUUGAAGUGUUUGUGUCAUGGUGUUAUGUCAUUUGGUUAUGGAUGACACUGUUUUGAAGUGUUUGUGUCAUGGUGUUAUGUCAUUAGGUUAUGGAUGACACUGUUUUGGGAGAAACAUUAAAGAGAAACAAGUGCUGAUAAAUAAUGUUUUACUGAUGCCUCUUAUGAUUCAAUACUGUGAAUGGAAUGACACAAUAAUCAAUCUUUUCAUAAUCUUUGAUUGAUUUAUUGCAUUUGGCAUCAAAUAACUUUUCAGUUUGAUCUGUAACAGACACCAGAAAUGACUUUAAUAAGAGCAGUAAAAUUCAAAGUCUCCUCUUAACACAGACACGUCACUCACUUAUCUUCAUUUACACUCCUGUUACUGCUCUUUGAGCACAUCACUUUUGAAGGCUCACUUUUGGAAGCUUUCUUUGACACAUCAGAGGUGAGUGAAAUCCUUAGGGGAUGUGAGUAGAAUAGAAUGCAUCUGACGCCUGAAACGCAGACCCAAAAUGGAUUCUGACGUUUGUUCUGAAUGAGCUCCAGUGAGAUGAUGGAGUAUGCCAAUGUGGGAGUCUCUCUGCUAUUUUAAUUUGUUCUCCUGAGGCAUACGGCAUCGCAGCAUCGCACUGAUUAAUCUGUUCAUCAGAUGCUCCAAUCAAUAGUGCUGAGGAAUAGAUUUGUUGACCGCACAGCGCGCACGUCGUCGGUAGUCUGCUUGAUAGAUCAAGUGCCAAGCUUUACAGAUGGGGCUUACUGGGUUGCAAUACUCAGGGAGGUCUCUGGAAAGAACUGUCGGUCUCCUCAACUUCAGUACCAUGGCCAAACUUGUGAUUAGAGAUUUUAAAUGUUUUUGGUUUUUUUUGUGCUAUUGACUUGUUUUAUCUAGACUACUACAGGUAGCCUAGACUGAUAUUUGAGUGGCAGCCUUGGGUAAAUUCAUUUGAAUUCAAUCACUUUUUGAUAGCACCCCUUUUUGAUUUGAACUAAACCUUCCAUACAUAUUUGCCCGUGGUCAGAAAGUGACUUUUUGGAUCUGAAGCCAAAACAUUCAAGAGAUAAAUGUGCUCAAAGUUGACCUAUUUUGCAUACCCCACCAUACCAUGAGACAUCCAUGUCUUCAUCACUGGAGAAGAUAAACAGUUGAGAUUGAUAUCAUUUCGAAGCUUACAAACAGGGUUGUCAAACUAUUUUAUAAUUUCUUAUCUUCAGAUUCGCAUAUAUUGUAGCUUAGACCCUAUUUUCUAUCAUCUGAGGUGUUUGUGUUGUGCCUGUCAUCGGUUGAGACACAACAUGCUCUUGAAUACAGGGUGGUUGUCAUGUUUUGGCUGGUAAAUGUACUAAAAUGGGGAUAACAUUGAAACUUCAACUUUCAAGUGGUACCACAAAGAUGGUUGGAGGUCCACACAUUAGAGAAUGUUGACUUGAAUGGGAAUAUCUGUUUUAUAUUGUCCUGUCAAUCCUCCAUAGGAAACCUAUUGAAAUCAUAGAUAAUUGUCACGAUCGUCUUGGAAAGGAGUAGACCAAGGCGCAGCGUGUUGCACGAACAUGAUGCUUUAUUUAAUUAAAGCGAAACACGAAACAACAAAACAAAUAACGAUACGUGAAGUCCACAGUGACAAUGACUGUAAAGGAACAAAAACCCACAAACACAAGGUGAAAACCGACAGUUUAAAUAUGGCUCCCAAUCAGAGACAACGAGCCAACAGCUGACACUCGUUACCUCUGAUUGGGAGUCACUCAAACAAAGAAAUACAACAACCUAGAACAACCCAACCAAGAAACAGAAACCAAAGAAACGAACACACCCUGGCUCAACAUACAGAGUCCCGGAGCCAGAGCGUGACAAUAAUAGAAUAGACAUGACCAUUUAAGUUGACAUUCGACGGUGGGUGGACCGGCGGCCAUUUUUGUGGUAGUAAUUAGAAGUAAAAAUUUCAAAUCAAUUUAAAUGUAAUGUUAAGUUGCAGUGGUCUGAAGGGACAGGUCCAUUUUAUUUAUAUGAUUAAAAUGACACCUACCCUGUAUUUAAGAGCAUGUGUCUCAACCGAUUGCGGGCACAACACAAAAACCUCAGAUUAUGUAAAUUAGGGUUUAAGCUACAACAUAUGCAAACAUUAAUUUACAUUAAAAAAAAGAUAUGUUUUAUUAAAACAUUAGACAAUUAUAAUUAUACAAUUAUUUGACAACCCUGUUUGUAAGCUUUGAAAUUAUAUCAAACUCAACCGUUUAUCUUUUCCAGUGAUGAAGACAUGAAUGUCUCAUGGUAUGGUGGGGUAUGCAAAAUGUCUCCUGAAUGUUUUGGCAUUCAGGUCUGAAAAGUCACUUUCUGGCCACUUCUUCCAUGGGCAAACAUGUAUGGAAAGUUUUGUUUAAAUCAAAAGAUGCUGUCAAAAAUGAUUACCCCUUGUGUGUGUAUGGAUUGUUUUGAGGGACAGACCUGUGUGUGUGUGUGUGCCACUUUUCACUCCCUCAGUCUUUGUGGUAUGUUGAGUACCAUGAGAAGAAGUGCCAUUGGAGAGAAAAUGCCUGUGGAUAGUGUCAUUGGAACAAAAGCAGAUGUUUUAAACAGGGACAGCUCUGCUAUAUGCAGUAGAGCAGUGGUUCCUAACCAGGGGUACUAGGACCCCUGGGGGUACCUGGCCUAUCCACAGGGGGUACUUGAGAAGACUCAUGUGACCAUAGGCGUACUGGUAAAAUGGACAUGAGGGGGUACUUCAGGGGUACUCUGGGCAGAGGAAAAUUCAGUUGGUGGUACAGUAAGCGAAAAAGGUUGGGAACCACUGCUGUAGAGAAGACACUUUGCAUAUUACCCAUUGAAGUGUGGCUGUCUCGUCUCAGAAUGCCCUAAAGUGACAAGAGUUUGAGAAGUGGCCAUGCUAGUCCAAUUAGACAUAUAGAAAUGUACAUGAAAUAUAGCAGUUUAUAUGCAUGUGUAGUGAACUCUGUGUGUGUGUGUGUUAACCCCUACAGGCGUUCCAUUAGGUGGCCGAGUGUCAGCCAAAAUCCAACAGCUAGUCAACACGUUGAAGAGACCCAAACGGCCUCCCUUAAGAGAAUUCUUCGUUGACGACUUCGAAGAACUCCUAGAGGGUAAGAGGGCCAUCCAUCCCUACUUAUUCAACAUGGAGACUUCAUAUUAAAAAACAAAACCUUUGAUUGGUUGAUUUCUGAAUGGGUUUAGUUUUGUGUAUUGGUUGUUUAGCAUUAUUACAGGUUCUUAUUGUUGUUAUUAAAUAAUCUCAGGCUGCGUCUCAAAUGACAGCCUAUUCUCAAUAUAGGGACCUGGUCAAAAGUAGUGCACUAUGUAGGGAAUAGGCUGUAAUUAAGGAUGCUUUUGGGAUGAUUUUACUGUUAUAACAUAAAUCAUUGUGCUGCUCAUGCUCUAGUCCAACAGCCAGACCCCAACCAGCCCAAAGCGGAGGGGGCUCAGAUGCUGGCGAUGAGGGGGGAGCAGCUAGGGGUGGUCACUAACUGGCCCCCGUCGCUGGAGGCUGCCCUGCAGAGGUGGGGCACCAUCUCUCCCAAAGCCCCAUGCCUCACCACUAUGGACACCAACGGAAAACCACUGUACAUUUUAACC